AUGUCGAACCAAAGAGAUCUGGUCGUGACACAUGGAAACCAUAGACCCGGCUCCAGCGCAUCCCAUGCCAUGCGCCGUCUCGAUAUUGAAGAUGAUGAAAUCAUAAAACUUCCUGAGUGUGAACUAGAGGCGGCGGCGGAGCGGUUUAAGCUGACCCUUAUCGGACGUGUAUUCCAACUGAAGAGUAGGAGCAUUGAUGCUUUGAUCAAUCUGCUCCCAAAGCCACGAAUCUGGAACGUGGAAGGCAGAGUCCGAGGAACUAAUCUCGGGAAUGGACGCUUCCAAUUCGACUUUGAGAACGAACAUGACCUCCAGUCGGUUUUAAACAAGAGGCCAUGCCAUUUUAAUCAAUGGAGCUUUGCAUUAGAGCGAUGGGAACCCUUUACAUGGGAGGACUUCCCUAACUCAAUCCCUUUUUGGAUUAGUGUUACGGGUGUUCCAGUCCACUUCUGGAAUGAUGGUACUUUCUCAGAGAUUGCCAAGGCCCUGGGAAAAAAGCUAACGUUGGAUUCAAAACGAGCAAAAAUCCAAGUUUCCAUUAACGUGGAUAACCCCUUAGAAUUUGAAAGGAGAGUUGGUUUUCCCAAUGGUGAUAUAGGGAGGGUAACGUUUGUGUAUGACGGUCUCCAUCGAUAUUGCUUAAACUGUAAACAUAUCUCUCAUGAUGAGAACUCGUGUCCGUUACUGACGGAGAAAGAACGUGAACACAGGAGACUUCAACGUCUCGAUCAGAAUAUCAACAGUGAAAAGAAUCUUCAGCUCGAGCCUCCGAGGGGAGCCAAUGAGAACAGAACUAAGCGGCCGAGAUCGCCCCCAAUGAUCGCAACGUACGAUCAAACCUGCCACUGA